AUCUGACUUUGGAAAACGUAGCUGGUCUGGUCUCAAAUUGUGCUCUAUUAUAACAAAGCUACCCAGUUGCAAGAACUUUGGGGGCAAUGCUCUCUAAACUAGUGAUCUUCCUCGUGUCUUGUGCGGGUGAUUCCUGAAAUUUAGUUGCAAUAAGCAGUAUUUCCUGGUCAGAUUCAUCUGGGUCCUCUCCAUUUGCCAGAUGUGAAAACGUCUCUGCAGCUCUCACGCAAUUUGUUUUCUCAUGGAGCCUCAAGGGGUUAAGUGCAGAGAGCUCCCUUGCCUAGAGAGGCUCAGGGAAAAAAAUUCUGCAGGGGGGUGACAGGAGGAAACCACCUUCCUGUCUUCCCUCUGCUCCCCCCCCCCUCCUUUGCUGAGAAACGUGGAGGUGAGUGGAAUGCAAAGACUGCAGGAUGCAGGAAUGGGAGACCUUUAGAUAUGUUACCUGCCUCCCCAAAUUGGCUUCUUGUGUCUGGGAUGUUAUCUGUCGUUGACUGGGCCAACUUGCAUCUUCCACUGCCGAGCGCUGUCAUAUCCCUCACGGCACAAGGAUCUUCACCGUGUGACUGAAGAGAGGGCAGCUCCAAUUCAAAAUGGAAGAGCAGGAGCCACCAACUACCAAACCCAAGGAGAGAUUGGUAGCAGGAGGAAGAGACCCUCAUGUCUUUCAAGUUGGGACCAUUGGAGAGUUUCUGACCUUGGAAAGUCCACAGCAGAUUAAGGAAGAACCAGAUGAAGGUCAAGAGAGAUGUUGGGAUGCCCAGUGGAAGGAGUUCCUAAAGACAGUGGGGUCCCCUCACCAGGGGUGGAAAGCCUCAAAGCAGCCUCAGUCUUCCUCUGAAGAUAACUCGAAGAAAAACCAGGCCUCCUUCAACAGUGAAAUGGAUGACGGACUGUGGCCCACAGGUCAGGACAGGAACCACUCCCCUGGAGAAGGUGAUAAAACUAAUGAAAACCCAGACUUGUCUGUGAAAGUGAAAGAAGAGAUUUUGGAUGAGGAUAUCAUCAGCUUGGAGAUGGACCACCAGCAUUUCAGGCAGUUCUGCUACCAGGAGGACGAGGGAUCCCAAGAGACGCCAGAACCCUUGGGAGAUGUGGCAGUAAAAUCCCCCAAGUCAGAGGAAGAUCCCUUGGAGAUUGUGAAACUGCAGAUCCCCCUGGAAAUCAAGCAGGAGAGUAACUGGGACACUGACUCCCUGGAAUGUGAUGUGCAUGAGCACAAGAAUGAGGACGACCCCUUUGAGUUGGAAACAUCUGAGCCAGAGGGUAUCCGUGUGGUAUCACUGGGAAGAACUGAAGGACAUUUUUUCUGGGGACCUGAGAUUAGAGAGAAGCAUGGAAGUCAAGGGGAUUGGCACCAUGGAAACUUCCCAGCGAGCAGAACCUUUCUUUGCGAGGAAGGUGAGCAGAAUUUAUAUGAUGGUACUUUACAGCACAGGAACAAGACAGUGACUGAUAGUGAGGAACAAUGGCCUCAUGCCUUCAGUGUUCCUGAGAACCAGCAGGUGCGGGUAAAGGGUAAACUGCAUUGUGGAAAAAUCUCAAACCACAAAAUAUCUCUCAUUCCACAUGAAAGACCCCACCCAGGAGGGAAAUCGUACAUCUGUUCCGACUGUGGAAAAAGUUUUGGCUGGAGGACAAAUCUUGUGAAGCACAGAAGAAUCCACACAGGAGAGAAGCCAUACAAAUGUUCAAACUGUGGCAAAAGUUUCAAUGCGAAAUCCACCCUGAUUAAACACGAGAGGUCCCACACUGGAGAGAAGCCGUAUGAAUGCUCAGAGUGUGGGAAAGCCUUUGGUGAAAAAGGGAUACUUGUUAAGCAUAUGAGAAUUCACACAGGAGAGAAGCCACAUAGAUGCUCAUACUGUGGGAAAAGUUUCAUUGAGAGAGGUGCCCUGAUUAAACAUGAGAGGACACACACAGGGGAGAAGCCAUAUGAAUGUUCAGAUUGUGGAAAAACCUUUAGGAUCAGCUGUCAUCUUAAACUUCAUAAAAGAACACACACUGGCGAAAAACCACAUAAGUGCUCAGAUUGUGGCAAAAGUUUCAGUGAGAGAGCUUCUCUUGUGAAACAUGAGAGAACUCACACAGGAGAGAAGCCAUAUAACUGCUCAGAGUGUGGGAAAAGCUUCCGGAUCAGUUUCCAGCUUGUGAUUCAUAAAAGGACACACACGGGCGAGAAGCCACAUGAAUGUUCGGACUGUGGCAACAGCUUCAGGGAAAUAGCCUCUCUUAUCAAACACAAGCGAACUCACACAGGGGAGAAGCCAUACGAAUGCUCUGAGUGUGGGAAGAGCUUUCGGACCAGUUUUCAACUGAAAACUCACAAAAGGACACACACUGGUGAGAAGCCAUACCAUUGUUUGGCUUGUGGGCAGAGCUUCAGCCAGAGAUCCCGUCUUGUUAUACAUGAGAGAACUCACACGGGAGAAAGACCUUAUGGGUGCUCAGAGUGUGGGAAGAGCUUUGUUUCUAGCUCUCAUCUUAGAAAACAUGCUGUGGUACACACGGGUGAAAAGCCGCAUAAAUGCUCAUAUUGUGAGAAAAGCUUCAGUAAGAAAUCAAACCUUGUUGUACAUGAGAGAAUCCAUACUGGAGAGAAACCGUACAAAUGCACAGAAUGUGGGAAGUGCUUCAGGCGGAAGGGGGACCUUACAUCUCAUCAAAGGGUUCACACUGGGGAGAAAUCAUAUAAUUGCUUGGAAUGUGGAAAAAGUUUCAGGUGGAAAGCAAACCUUGUUUCUCACCAAAAGAUUCACACAGGGAACAAGCCAUUUAAAUGCUUGCAGUGUGGAAAAUGUUUUCCUCGGAGUACAACCCUUACUGCUCACAAAAGAAGUCACACGGGAGAGAAACCAUAUAAAUGCUUAGAGUGUGGAAAGAGUUUUAAUUGGAACUCAGGCCUUAUCUCUCACAUCAGGAUUCACACUGGUGAGAAACCACAUAAAUGCUUUCAGUGUGGAAAGUGUUUCAGUCACAGCACACAGCUUACUGAUCACCAUAGGAGUCACACAGGGGAGAGACCAUAUCAAUGCUCAGAGUGUGGGAAGAACUUCCGGCAGAGUGGAGGCCUAAAAUCUCACCAAAGGAUUCACUCAGGGGAGAAACCACAUCAGUGUUUCCACUGUAAAAAGAGCUUUACCUGCCGCAAAACCCUUACUAUUCAUCAAAGGAUUCACACUGGGGAGAGACCAUAUGAAUGUCUGGAGUGUGGGAAGAACUUUCGGCAAAGUGGAGGCCUAAAAUCUCACCAAAGGAUUCACACAGGGGAGAAACCAUAUCAAUGUUUCCAGUGUGGAAAGAGCUUUACCUGCCGUAAAACCCUUACUAUUCAUCAAAGGAGUCACACUGGGGAGAGACCAUAUAAAUGUCUGGAGUGUGGGAAAAGCUUCCAUCGGAAAAGGAGUCUUCUUGAACACAAUAGGAUUCACACAGGAGAGAAACCAUAUAAGUGCUUUGAUUGUGAAAAGAGCUUCAGUCAGAAAACAAGACUUACUAUUCACCGCAGGAUUCACACAGGAGAGAAACCAUACAAAUGCUUAGAGUGCGGAAAGAGCUUCUCCCAGAGUGGAGGGCUUACUCUUCAUCAAAGGAGCCACACCAUGGAGAAACCAUAUAAAUGCUCACAAUGUGGAAAGAGCUUCAAAAGUCACAAUAUCCUUAAUGUUCACCAAAGGAUUCACACGGGGCAGAAACCAUAUCAGUGCAUGGAGUGUGGGAAGGAGUUCCGUCAUGGCCAAAGCCUUACUUCCCACAAAAGGAUUCACACAGGGUAGACACCAUAUCAGUGGUAUUAAUCCCAGUCACAGAAUAGUGACAUCUGCCAUCAUCUCCGACGUUGGUGGAUCCUACACAGGCCAAAUAUAAUGAGUGUAGGACAUUAUAUAAACUGAAGGCUUUCAUGGUUGGAUUUAGCUGGUUCUGGUGGGUUUCAGAAGGGUACUUUGUCAGACUGCACAGGGAGGCCAUUGAA